CGACGACGUUGGCACAUCUAAGGAUACAGAAGUGACUCCAUGAUGAAACUUUUGGUUUUGGCUGCCCUUGUGGCGGUCGUCGCGUCUGGUCGACAUGGCUUAGCCAAUCACAAGAACGAAGGCCCCUGGCAGCCCGGCAAGCUGUACACCUACGAGGUGCUCUCCAGCACCCUCGCGCGCCUCGAGGAGGGUGCCAGCACCGGCGGCGCCUUCCGCGCGCGCUUCACCAUCCGCGCACGCGCGCCCGACCGCCUGCAGGCCCGCCUCGACACCCCCCAGCACGCCCAGAUACACCAGGACCUCCCUAACACCUGGGCCCUCCCCGCUGACCUCAAGUACCAGGACGUUGACAACCUUAACCAAAUCUUCGAGAUCUACCUCGACGGUGGACGUGUCAAAUCACUCAAACUACCCACCACCGUCUCUCUCCAACAUGAAAAUCUUCUUAAAGGUCUUAUCAGCGCCCUACAGUUAGAUUUGUCAGCUCAUAGGAACCAGCAUUCCGCUCAUGAUACCCUCGAUCAACAAACCCAACAGGGCCUGUAUAGAAAAAUGGAGACUGACGUCACUGGUGACUGCGAAACUUUGUACGCCAUCCUCCCUGUAGCAGCUGAGUGGCGCCGCGAACUCCCCAACUUCUCCGACCUCAAGGAGGAGCCGUUCGAAGUCACCAAGACCAGGGACUACAAACACUGCCACCACAGAGUCUCUUACCACUUUGGAGUGCCCCAUGGAGUCCAGUGGACCGGAACCCCGGAGAACCCCCAGGAUGAGCAGUUCAUGAAGCAGAAGAUGUACUCUCGCAUCCUCGUCGGCAAGCAAGGCCCCAUCUACAAGUCUGAGACCACCAGCACCGUUCACGUCAACCCCCAUCUUUACGGCAAGCAGAUGGCCGAGGUGCGCAGCAAAGUUGUGCUGAAGCUAGUCAAGUACGAACAGGAUAAUGAGGCCGAAUGGCAGGUUCCUGAAGGACGCGUCAUCAAGAACCUCCUGUACGCGAUGAACUCCAAGCAGCUCACUAUGCAGGACUCAUCUUCUUCCGAAUCCUCGUCCUCGGAAUCCCACGAGCACCAGCACCACCACCUCUACAACCUGGACGGCCAACAGAAGGAGAAUGAGGGAGAAGACAACCUGAACAGAGUACGCCGUUCCUUGAGAUAUAAAAAACAAGUGACCGUCAACAAGGUGCUCAUCAAGCGCAGCGAUGAGGACAAGUCCUGGGAUUCUGACUCCACGUCGGCGUACGUCAACGAUGACGUGCCCAACAUCAACGAGCCCGCCUACGCCUCCUUGUACAUGAGCCCCCAGCCCCGCGUAGACAAGAAGCAGAACACGAUGAACGCCCAGAAACUCGUCCAGGAAAUCGCGCAGCUACUUCAAAACCCUAACAACAUGCCCAAGAACGACUUCCUCUCCAAGUUCAACAUCUUGGUGCGCGUCAUUGCCGCCAUGAGCUCCGAACAACUCGGCCAGAUCAGUCGUACCAUUGAGGUCGCCAAGUCUUCCAAUAACAUUCUCAAGUCUGACAUGUGGAUGGUCUACCGCGAUGCUGUAGCUCAAGCGGGCACCUUACCUGCCUUCCAACAGAUUAAGUCCUGGAUCGUGAACAAGAAGAUCCAAGGAGAGGAGGCCGCUCAGGUCAUCGCUUCUCUUCCCUCUACUCUACGCUACCCUACCAAGGACGUCAUGAUUCAGUUCUUUAAGCUUGCUAUGAGUGAGGAGGUUAAGGAGCAGAAAUACUUGAACACCACCGCUCUGAUCGCUGCCACCAGACUGAUCAACCACGCCCAAGUGAACAACGUGACCGCGCACAAAUACUACCCCACUCACAUGUACGGCCGUCUGGCUAACAAGUACGACAACUUCGUCCUUGAGGAGAUCCUGCCGCGUCUGAGCCAAGAGCUGCAGCAAGCAAUCACAAACAACGAUAACCACAAAGCUCAGGUGUACAUCAAGGCUAUCGGUAAUCUAGGCCACCGUAGCAUCUUGGAGGUGUUCGCGCCCUACUUGGAAGGCAAAGUGCCAGUGUCCAACUACCUCCGUGCCCAGAUGGUGUUGAACCUUGACGUGUUGGCUCACGAGAGGGACCACUUCGCGCGCGCUGUUUUGUACAGUAUCCUGAGGAAUACGGCUGAGCCCUACGAAGUGCGAGUGUCGGCGAUCCACAACAUCUUCAUGACUCGUCCGACUGUCGCCAUGAUGCAGGCGAUGGCUGAGAUGACACAGAAGGACCCGAGCAUAUUCGUGCGCGCUGCGCUGAAGGAAAGCAUCCAGUCUGCUGCUGGACUUAAGGACCCGCGUUACCAGACCCUUGCCAGAGCCGCCCAAGCCGCCGAGCCCUCUCUCACCAAAGACGACUUCGGAACUCUCAACCUAGCCAAGAAGUUCGGCGAAUUCUUCGGCAAGGACGAGUAUGGCAUGAUGAACGUCAUGUCCUACGUCAGCAGUGAGGAGUCACUGUUCCCGAAAACCUUGAAAUACUCGUGGAAGAACCGGGCCUAUGGCUACGCUAGGAUGAACACGAUUGCCGCAUCGUUCUCAAACUACCGUCAAUUCAUCGAUCUUCUGACGCAAAAGAUGACCUUUGAGAAACAGACCGCUCCCCAGUCGGCCGAGCACAAGUACUCCGCUGAAAAGAUCGCUGAGAUGCUGAACAUCAAGCACGACUCCCAGAAACCCCUCCUGGCCUCCUUCUUCAUCGAUUUCAUGAACCAGCAGAGAUAUUACAGCCUCACUCAAGAUGACAUGGACAGACUCCCAGCCCUCUUCGGAGAGUACUUGGCUAACCUCAACAAGGGUUACGACAUCCACUACACCAAGGUCUUCAACCAGGCUCAGGUCUCCAUCAUGUUCCCUCUCGCCUCCGGUAUGCCUUUCAUCUACAAAUACAAAGAACCUACCGUCGUCCACAUCCAGGCUAAAUCCAAAGGUCAGAUCAACAUCCCUUCGAUCCGGAACCGUGAAUAUUCCAUGAAGCAAGAUAAUGAGAUACAGUUCACUUACGCGAGAAAUAUUGAGGGAAGCGUCGGUUUCUUGAAUACGCUGGACAACCAUUUCGUCAGCGCGGGCAUCGUCACGAAACACCAGGUUAAUGCUGCCGUAAAGGUCCAAAUGGAAGCUAAAGCCGGACAGUUCAAGAUCCGUUUGGAACCCCUCCGCCCUGAACAGGACACCACCAUCGCUUACUUCAGCAUGUGGCCUUACACAGCCAAUCAGAAGAAGGACACUCUGACCCCGGUUUCACUUGACCCGACCACGAAAGUCAUCACGCGCAGAAACAAAGUGAUGUGGGUUGACUACAAAUUCGGACAGGGCACCGGUACCCAGUUCCAGGUGCAAGGAUACUCAUAUUCCAAGGACUACAGGAACUUCGGCACCAUGAUGCAGGGACAGGAUCUGCUGUCGAACAUCAUCUUCGCUCUGAACCAGAGAGACGUUGCCAUGACGCACUUGAACUUCAGAUAUAUUGGAACACAAUCCCAAAAUAAGGCUAUUGCUAUCACCGUGGCUUAUGACACUCUCUACAACCAGAAAGAGUCUGAAGGUCCAGUAGUAGCAUCAGAAAUCCAAGAUGUUACCCCUAUCAGCGCCACCCGCCGCCAAGAGAUCGUGAAGCGCGCUGUAGCUGGAAUCAAGUACGCCAGAGCUCAGAUCAUCGACCUUAGCGCCAUCUUCGAGGGACCGCAGAAAACUGAAUACAUGCUCACUGCCGCCGUCGGCGACAGCAAAGUUGACCCCAAGAUCAGAUACGCUUUCUUCGCUGCUAGAAACUCAGCCAAAUACGGGAACAAUCAGAUCAACUCUGUCGGAACACUGAACAAGCCUGUCGCAUCAUCUCUGAACUUCGUUGAGGCCCUGCAAAAGGAACUGAAGGCCAGCUUUGAAGCUGACUUCAACCUCGGUCAGAAGAACGGAAACAUUCAGAUCAAGGGAUUGGCUGAGCGCACCAAAAAAGCCACUGAAGAGAUGCAGCAGAGCCCAUGGGCCAAGCAGAGCGUCCAAGAAAUGGCCCGCAACAACUACUACCAGGAGGCCAGCAGAAUGAUGAUAGAAAUGGCGUACGCUCCCACUCGCGUUCAGGCUUCGGUUUCCUACAAAGACUUAAGCCCUGCCGUCAUCAACAUGACCUACCAGGCUUACAAGGCCCUGACCACCUACGGCUACUGGUACACCGAUAUUAACAUAAUGAAGAAAUCAGCCGAGGGUAAACUGGACUUCGAUGCUGAGGCAUCCUAUAUGGAUGACUACAUGAACUUGGACAUGAUCACGCGUUACGGCCAUGUUAAGAUGAACAACGUCCCAAUCCCGAAGACCAGCGCUGCUGCUUUAUCGUUCUACACGCCAGUGAAUGCGUACGAGCGCGUCCUUAAUCGCUUCACCAGGCAACAAUACCUGCCCUACUGCACUGUCGAUGGUUCCAAGAUCAGGACCUUCAGCAACCGCACUUACGACUACACUCUCACCAGCUCCUGGCACGUGGUGGUUCAGGACAACGCCAAGUACGCUGGACAACAAGGAGUCAGCAACGAGCAGCUCGCCAUCCUGGCUAGAAGGCCCGAGGAGAAGAAGCAGGAGAUCUAUGUUUCAUACAAAUCCGACACCGGCAACCACUUAGAAAUGGAAGUCCAGCCUGCAGCCAGUGUCAACCUGAAGGAUGGAUUGAAAGUCAACACUAACGCCAAGAAAGUCUCUGAAGGUGAAUUCACCAUGUACUGGGACGAAGCUAAAGACGCCCCUCUUCUGUAUUACUACAACACCGAGAAUGCCUUGGUGUUUGUCAUUGGUGAAGACCGUCUCCGCGGCAUCUACGAUGGCCAGAGACUCGUGAUCUGGGCCAGCAACAACCGUAACAACAUCAGAGGAGUGUGCGGAUACAUGAGCGGUGAGCCUCGUGACGACUACCUUACCCAGUACGGUAUCGUUGACAAACCAGAGCUCUACGCUGCUGCCUACGCUCUGAACACCGAGAACGCUGAUGCUCACACCCAGCAACUGUCUAACCAAGUGCGUGAACAGGCCUACCAGCCCCACUAUCACUACACGUCUAUUCUCCGAUCAGACGACCAGUGGAGACAAGAAAUUGACUCCUCAGACGAGGAACGCUACAGCAACAUCAUCUACAGAGCUCGCAGCUUCCAGAAGCAGCAAGGACCUUGCCACAUGGAAAAGCAAGUGCAAUACUAUCAGACCGAGAAGGAGAUUUGCAUUUCGACGGUUCAGGUGCCCGCCUGUGAGAAGCACUGCAGAGGUCUGAACUAUCAGGUCCGACCUGUCCAGGUUGUCUGCCGGCCAGCAGUUGAUGCGCAGUUCCAGAACUACAGAAACCAGAUUCAGAGAGGAGAGAACCCUCAAGUUAGCGGCCAGCAACAAGCUGCCCAAUACAGGGUUCCCAGUUCUUGCCAAGCUUAAAAAUAAUUGUGAAAAGACUUUAAUAGGAUAGGCGUGCAAACGGACUAUGAUUACUUAUGUGUAUUUAUCGUAUAUAUUUUUGGCAUCGACAUAUUUAUGAUGUGUAUGUAUAUCGAAAUUUAUUAUAUAUUAUGUAUGUAGUUAUGUAUCGUUUAUGUAUUUAACGUGAUGUUAGUAUUAUUAUUUACAAAUAUGUAUAAAUAAUAGGUAGAGUAUAUA